AUGAUUUGGACACAACAGAAAUUUGAAGAAGAGAGGGAGAAGUUCGAAGUGGAGAAGAGGAGAAUUAUGAAUGUGCUGGAGGAAGAAAGGGAGAAGAGCAAGGAGUUGGAGAAGAAGUUGAAGAGAGCUGAGGAAUUUAUCAAGAAGCUCCAGAAGGAGAAUGAGGAGCUCGAGAAGACGAUUCUCGAAGAACUCAAAAAUGAAGAGGAGGAGGAGGAGGAUGGGGCCGUCAGCUUCGACGUCGACGUGUUCGUCCGUCGACCGACGAUGGAGCCAACGGAGCCGAAGCCGAUGGCGCCGGUCACGAUGGAGAAAGUCGAGAAGACCCAGAAGUCUUGGCUCCAGACCAAGAUCUCGACAUUCUUCUCCGGGGAGAAGAAGAACGGAACCAUCAAGCGCUCCGUCGAGGUUCAAGAGGACGAGGAGGAGGAUGUCGAACCUCAAUCAAAGAGAUCCAGAGGUCCAGGAGGUCCAGGAGAACGAUGA